UGGUGAUCAUCACUCACAACAAAGGCAGCCUGAUGACGGCGAAGUAGCCUCUCAAACACGGAAUUCCGUGCUUACUGGCAUAGGGUUUGCCAUAUUUGUUGCCUGGUACAUGCAUUGAAAAAAAUCACAGCCCAAAGUCAAGCUGACCCAAGCCGGCUGUUACCGGUUGUGUUGCCUCUUGUCUGUAUUUCUGAGUGGAAAGCAGCACUCAAUGCACCCCCAAUGACUACUCAAAGUUUAACAGCACCUAUGCCUAUUCCUCAGCACCGCUCUUCACGUACAGAUCAAGAUUCGAGUUCUUCCCACAAUUCACUCAGCGCUAGCCCCUCUUCUACGUCCUCAAGUCAAAGUAAUCAAUCGUACCGUGAACUUGUAAAGCAAAUUACCUCUCAAGCACCAAAGCCAUAUGGUGCCAUCCCGCCUUUAAUCGGUCGCCAUAAGAGAAAAAAGAGAAAAAAAGAUGAUGCAAUACCUCCUUUAACAGUGACUGACAAUAAUACACCGUCGGAAGAACCUAUUAGGUCGAUGGUGGCAAUAAGGCUCAACGACCAAGAAACACCUACAUCACCACUUAAGCCACCACUACCGCGACCGAUGCGAAGUAUGUCCCACGUAGAAAACUGGGUGGCUGUGGAUAGUAAAGAAAGUCUACCUGACGAAGAAGAACUGGAGCAGACACCAUCCGCUUUACGUAACUUUUUAUCAGCCGAUUUUUUCACUGAAGUUUUACCGUUACAUGUACCGCCACCACCAUUAAGCGACCCAGAGUCCAUCAAGCAACAAGAAGAAAUAGCGCGCUUGGCUGAUACUCUCAAGCAGUCGCGCUUAGCCGUUUCAGAACCCACAGCAUUGGACGAUGACACCGAAGAAGGCUUUCUGUCAGAAUCUGACGAUAGACGAAAUUCGCCGCUUGUAUUACGCAAAGUACGAUCUAUGAACGAUGAGGAUGCUCGGUGGCAAGAUACGAGGACCACAAGCAUAGCUAAACUUCGCCGACCAAGACCAGAAGCACCCAAGCGAAAAUCUAGCGUAGGGCACUCUUUGUCUCGAAGGCACUCCCUCAGCUCCAUUUCAAGAAAAUCACCCACCGCCGCCACUCAUCAUAAGCCUCCUCUAUACCCUUUGCCACCAAGAUCACCACCACAAGUUGCCAAUGAAGAAGAAGAAUCAUGGUUCACUCGGUUAAGGCGAUCCUUCUCUGGUCGAAAUAGAACAACGCCUUCCGGUCGAAAACUUAUACCCAUGCCACUACCCCCGAAACGACCCACCUCUCAGCGCCGUCGAUCUGAAGCUACCACUCAACCGCGUUUCAAUCCUGUCACUAAUACUUAUAUGAGAGAUACCCGUUCUAACUCGGAUCAUUUGCGUAUGAUUACGGCGGAACUCAAUAUGAUGCGAGCAAGAAAGCUUCUUAGUCCAUUGAAACCUCGUGGCUUCUUACCAAGACGAAGAGAUGCCUUCGUUCGAGGUGACAUCAGCAAAAGAUCUAGUCAUUUGCGUCGGCAAGUACUACUAGAUGAUCUGGAGGACCAGUUGGAGGAAGAAGAACCGUCCGCGUAUGAAGACGAAGACACCGAGUGAGAACCUCACUCACUUCAUUCAUGGUAUUCACGUGACUGGUGACCGUUGGCUGCCUUUCAAGUUUUUUUUUUUUUUAGGUAGUCAAGUAGAAAAGAAAAACUCAUGUUAAAGACCUGCUGAUUUUGUCGUGUAUUUAUUAUAAAUAAUAAUGGUUAAUUACACCGUGGUAGACCUUCUACCCAAGAUUCAAGCAAACAUCGAUUCACUUGAAUACGACACUGCAUAUGC